AUGUCUCUCACAAUUCCCGGUCCCUCCCAAGGGGGUCUUUUCAAGCCCGGGUACCAGAGCCACGAUUCCGAAGAUGGAGCCGUCAUCCGUAAUAUCGAAGCCUGCCAGGCUAUCUCCGGUACAGUCCAGACUUCCCUGGGCCCCUAUGGCCGCAACAAGAUCGUCAUCAACCACCUGCAGAAGAUGAUCCUGACCUCCGACGCUGCUACGAUUCUCCGCGAGCUCGAUGUUGUGCACCCCGCUGCUAAGCUGCUUGUGAUGGCGAGUCAGCAGCAGGAUGCGGAGAUGGGCGAUGGUACCAACUUGGUUAUUAUGCUGGCUGGUGAGCUGUUGAAGAAGGCAGAGGAGCUGAUCCGCAUGGGUCUGACGACGAGCGAUAUUGUUUCUGGAUACGAGAAGGCUCAGAACUUUGCCUUGUCUACCCUAGAAGAACUCGAGGUCGACAGACUCCAGGAUAUGCGAUCGACAGCAGAAUUGAGCAAGGCUCUCCGCACAGUGGUGGCUUCUAAGCAGUCCGGUACCGAGGAUGCGUUGGCUGCAUUGGUUGCGGAAGCCGUUCUGGCUGUGUUGCCCAAAAACCCCGCCAACUUCAACGUCGACAACGUGCGAGUCGUUAAGAUUAUGGGCGGUAGUUUGGAACAGUCGAAAGUGAUUAAGGGCAUGGUUUUCCCCCGGCCACCGGAUGGAGUUGUCAAGAAGGCCAGCAAGGCCAAGGUUGGCGUGUUCAGCUGCCCCAUCGAUAUCAGCCAGACCGAGACCAAGGGCACGGUUCUUCUGAAGAACGCCCAGGAGAUGAUGGACUUUGGAACCGGUGAGGAGGAGCGUCUAGAGACUGCCAUCAAGGAGCUCUACGACUCCGGUCUCCGCGUGGUCGUUGCCGGCUCCACUGUCGGCGAUCUGGCCAUGCACUACCUCAAUCGUUUCAAUAUCCUGGUUAUCAAGAUUUUGUCCAAGUUCGAGCUCCGCCGCUUGUGCCGCGUUGUCGGUGCCACACCCCUGGCCCGUCUGGGUGCCCCCAUGCCCGAUGAGAUGGGCCAGAUCGACAUCGUCGAGACCACCGAGAUCGGCGGUGACCGAGUCACCGUCUUCCGCCAGGAGGACGUCAAUGCUAUCACCCGCACAGCCACCAUUGUCCUGCGCGGCGCCACCCAGAACCACCUGGAGGACGUCGAGCGUGCCAUCGACGAUGGCGUCAAUGUUGUCAAGGCCAUCACCAAGGACCCCCGUCUCGUGCCCGGUGCCGGUGCUACGGAGAUCCAGCUCGUCGAGCGCAUUUCCAACUUCGCCGAUCGAACCCCUGGCUUGCCCCAGCACGCCAUCCGCAAGUUCGCCGAGGCCUUCGAGGUCAUCCCCCGGACGCUCGCCGAGUCUGGCGGUCUCGAUGCCACCGAGGUUCUCUCGCGUCUGUACACCGCACACCACCGCGCCCCCGUUGCCGGCGAGUCAUCCGAGGAGGAAGGCAGCUCGUCUGAAGAGGAGGAUCCUUACUGGACUACGGGUGUGGAUCUUGAGAUUGGCGAGUCUGACGGCACUCUGGACACUGUCGAGGAGGGUAUUCUAGAUCUCAUGGCUACGAAGAUGUCUGCAAUUCGCUUGGCUAGUGAGUCUGCCCGGACGGUGCUGAGCGUUGACCAGAUCAUUGUCUCGCGACAGGCUGGAGGUCCUAAGCCUCCGCAGGGUGGAGGUGACUGGGACCAGGACUAA